AUUUGCAGGAAAAAAUUAGAAUAAUAAAUCACAUUAAUUAAAAGAAACAAAUCGUGUGAAGAAGCCAUCGCAAGCAGGUAGACAAGUCCUCAAAACGCCAAUCUUCGCCCUUCAUCGCUCUGUCAAGUUGCAACUGUCGUCGCUUUCAAAUUUCCGGCGAGAUUUCUCCCUACUCCGCCGAUUUUUAAGAUCGAGCUCUUCGUUUCCAGGAAACAAAUUCGACGUUCGGAGCUUCAUUGUGUGUGUGUGUGUGACCUUGUUCGUCAAUUUCUACAUCGGAUUCAUAGCUACAAGAUAAGAUACUUUCUUUUGACUGGGUCCUGCGUUUUGAAACUAUAGAGGAAGAUGUUUGGCUCAUCUAAUCCUUUUGGACAGUCAUCUAGUAGCAGCCCGUUUGGGUCCCAAACCCAAUCUUUGUUUGGUCAGACCAGCAAUUCUAGCAGUAAUAAUCCCUUUGCUCCAGCAACACCGUUCGGCACGUCUGCACCUUUUGGUGCACAGACAGGGGGUUCAAUAUUUGGUGGCACUUCAACCGGUGUUUUUGGUGCACCUCAGGCCUCCUCUCCGUUUGGCUCCACCCCAACUUUUGGAGCUUCUUCAUCACCAGCAUUUGGGAAUUCUACUCCGGCUUUUGGAGCAUCUCCAGCAUCUUCACCUUUUGGUGGGUCUUCUGCUUUUGGGCAGAAACCACUGGGAUUUUCAACACCUCAGUCAAAUCCUUUUGGAAGCACAACACAGCAAUCGCAACCUGCAUUUGGAAACAGCACUUUUGGUUCAUCCACACCUUUUGGUGCCGCGAGCACGCCUGCCUUCGGUGCAUCAAGCACGCCUGCCUUUGGCGCUACAAGCACGCCUGCCUUUGGUGCCACAAGCACGCCUGCCUUUGGCGCCUCAAACCAACAUACCUUCGGCGCCACAAACACACCUGCAUUUGGAGCUUCACCGACUCCAGCCUUUGGUAGCACUGGUACCACGUUUGGCAACACUGGCUUUGGAGCUGCUAGCACCCCUGCUUUUGGUGCAUCAGCCACUCCUGCUUUUGGUGCAUCAGGCGCUCCUGCCUUUGGGGCAUCCAGUUCCCCUGCCUUUGGAGCAUCCAGUACUCCUCCUUUUGGUGCAUCAAACACCUCAUCCUUCAGUUUUGGCUCCUCUCCAGCUUUUGGCCAGUCCACAUCAGCGUUUGGCAGCAGUGCAUUUGGCUCUACACCAUCUCCCUUUGGAGCCCAAGGUGGGCAGGCUUCAACCCCAACAUUUGGGAGUUCUGGUUUUGGUCAAUCACCUUUCGGUGGUCAACAACAAGCGGGCAGUCGAGCCGUGCCUUAUGCACCAACAGUUGAGGCAGAGACAGGCAGUGGUGCGCCUGCUGGAAAGUUAGAAUCUAUUUCUGCCAUGCCGGCAUACAAAGAAAAAAGCCAUGAGGAGCUAAGGUGGGAAGACUACCAACGAGGAGAUAAAGGUGGACCGCUUCCUGCUGGCCAGUCUGCUGGAAAUACCGGAUUUGGUGUAUCAACUGCUCAGCCAAAUCCUUUUUCUUCAUCACCGGCGUUUGGUCAGACACCAGCAAAUCCAACAAACCCUUUUUCGAGCUCAACGUCUACUAAUCCUUUUGCCCCUCAAACCCCAACAAUUGCCAGUUCAGGUUUUGGAACGGCUACCUCGAAUUUUGGUUCCUCGCCCUUUGGUGUAACAUCUUCAUCCAAUCUUUUUGGGUCAACUUCAUCAACUACCACAUCCGUCUUUGGAACAUCCCCCGCUUUUGGAACAACCACCUCAUCACCGUUAUUUGGUUCGUCGAGCACUCCUGGAUUUGGUUCUUCUCCAUCAAUAUUUGGUUCAACUCCUGUUCAGGGGGCGACUCCAGCAUUUGGGAACACUCAGUCAUCUAAUCUGUUCAGCUCAAAUCCCUCGAUCGGACAGACUGGUUCUACAUUUGGACAGACUGGUUCUGCAUUUGGACAGACUGGUUCUACCUUUGGACAGACUGGUUCUGCCUUUGGACAGUUCGGACAGAGUAGUGCUCCUGCAUUUGGCCAAACUAACAUCUUCAAUAAACCUUCCACUGGGUUUGGCAACUUGUUUUCAAGUUCUUCAACAUUAACUACGUCUAGCAGCUCUCCCUUUGGACAAACAAUGGCUGCUGGUAUGACACCUUUCCAAUCAUCUCAGCCAGGUCAAGCGUCAAAUGGCUUUGGUUUCAACAACUUCGGUCAAGCACAAGCAGCUAAUGCAACUGGAAAUGCUGGUGGACUGGGAUUUUUUGGUCAAGGCAACUUCGGGCAAACGCCUGCUCCGCCGAGCUCUGUUGUUUUGCAGCCCGUUGCUGUUACAAAUCCAUUUGGAACACUUCCUGCUAUGCCUCAGAUCUCAAUAAACCAAAGUGGAACUUCACCUUCAAUUCAAUAUGGAAUCUCCAGCAUGCCUGUUGUUGACAAACCUGUUCCUGUUAGAAUAUCAUCUCUCUUAACUUCUCGACACCUUCUACAAAGGCGGGCCAGGUUGCCGGCAAGAAAGUACCGUCCUGGCGACAAUGGUCCAAAGGUUCCAUUUUUCGCUGAUGACGAGGAGAACUCCUCAAGUACACCAAAGGCAGAUGCUCUUUUCAUUCCGAGGGAGAACCCUAGAGCUCUAGUUAUACGCCCAGUUCAACAGUGGUCUUCAAGGGUCAAAUCUACAAUUCCAAAGGACCGCCCCACUGCUCAACCACAUGAAAAUGGGAAGAGUCCAGAAAUAGCUACUGAUUCGGCAAACCACGACAAGAAUGAUAACGGAGAAGUUGGUGCUGCUGAAGAAAGAACUCACCCAUUUGUCAAUGGAAAUCAGAUAUCAAACGGCUCAACCAGCACAGAUCACGCUCGAGAGAAAGACCGUCCCUCCAGAACACGAGGCGGACACCGAGAGGGAGAAGCCCCAACUGUUAACGAGAAUGGUACAGAUAUCGAGGCGCUAUUGCCUAAGCUACGCCAAUCCGAUUAUUUCACGGAGCCAAGUAUCCGUGAACUAGCGGCUAAGGAAAGAGCGGAUCCUGGUUAUUGCAGGCGGGUUAGAGACUUUGUGGUGGGACGACACGGUUAUGGGAGCAUUAAGUUCAUGGGAGAGACUGAUGUUCGUAGACUAGACUUAGAAUCUCUGGUUCAGUUCAAUAACCGAGAAGUGAUUGUGUACCUGGACGAGAGCAAGAAACCGGCGGUGGGGCAAGGGUUGAAUAAACCGGCGGAGGUAACAUUGCUGAAUAUAAAAUGUAUUGAUAAGAAGACAGGGAAACAGUUUACUGAAGGAGAGAGAGUGGAGAAGUAUAAGAUGAUGCUGAAGAGGAAAGCUGAGGCACAAGGAGCUGAGUUUGUAUCGUUUGAUCCUGUGAAAGGGGAGUGGAAGUUUAGGGUCGAUCAUUUUAGUUCCUAUAAGCUCGAUGAUGAAGAUGACGAUGAAGCUUAAAGUCAGCCUCAUCUCAGUGUUAGUUCUGUUUUAAUGUUGGAGUUGUGCAGUAAGAAAUAGUAACCAUCUCCAGCUGUUGUGUGUUUCUUCUAGACCUUUCUUACAGACUUUGUUCUCUCCUUAUAAUUAGUUUCUCCUUUUGUUGAAUUUGUGUAUUUGGUAUCUCUUACUGUAUGUGAAACGGUUGUCUUUUUAAACUACGAACCAUUACAUCA